CGCUCGGCCGCGGGCGGGGGGCGGGGGCGCCUCGGUGACGCGCCCUCCUCGCGGUGCCCUUCACCCGCAGCCGCAGUUCCCGCGGCGCCACAUGGACCCCGCCGGCCUGAGCGCGCUCCGCCGCUGACCGCCGCCCGCCCUGCGCCCGGGGAAGGCCAAGGCUCCUCUGGCCACACUCGCCUGUGAAUUCUGACCCUUGGAGGAGCAGCUGAGGACUCAAAGCCGUGGUCAUGGAGUUCGUGAUGAAGCAGGCCCUGGGAGGGGCCACCAAGGACAUGGGGAAGAUGCUGGGGGGUGACGAGGAAAAGGACCCCGACGCGGCCAAGAAGGAGGAGGAGCGCCAGGAGGCCCUGCGGCAGGAGGAGGAGGAGCGCAAAGCCAAGUACGCCAAGAUGGAGGCGGAGCGCGAAGUCAUGAGACAGGGCAUCCGCGACAAGUACGGCAUCAAGAAGAAGGAGGAGCGCGAGGCCGAGGCUCAGGCCGCCAUGGAGGCCAGCUCGGAGGGCAGCCUGACGCGGCCCAAGAAGGCCAUCCCGCCGGGCUGCGGCGACGAGCCCGAGGAGGAGGACGAGAGCAUCCUGGACACGGUCAUCAAGUACCUGCCGGGGCCGCUCCAGGACAUGUUCAAGAAGUAACGCGGCGGCAGGCGCCGCAGCCCCCCGUCCCCACCGCCCGCUCCCCGCCCCGUGCACACCCCUCCGCGGAGGCCCCGAAGGGACGGCGGGAGCAGAGCGCAGCCCCAACACCAAUAUAAGCCAUAGCCCUAGGUCUGUCCCGCGCCCUCCUCACGCCUCGAGAGCGUCCCCACCCCCAGCCGCUGCUAUCCCCCACCCCACCAGGCGAGGGGUGCCCGACCCCCAGGGCCCGCCGGGGCGAGCCGACCUGUUCCUCCGGCCCAGGGGUGGGUCGGACCCUCCCCGCCGGCCAGGACAUCCCUACUGCGCCCGCUCUUCACCGCCCACCCGUCCGCGCUGAGACCAGGGCCAGGGCGUGGUGGCCGCCCGGUGCCCACCCCGGUGCACCCCCCUGCGUUGGUGGGCGCUGUUCCCGGCCCAGACUCAGGAGCACAGCCAUAGGGGGGAGGGGGCCGUCAUGCUGGGGCGGGGGCAGCUCAGGCCGCCCGCCGCGCCCUGGGGCAGGUGUGCAAGCCCCUCCCUUUCCUCACACUAGCACCAACAGCUGGUGAGCUGGGCCGUCCAUCCGUCGCCUCUGUCCGUCCUUCCUCCGUUUCCGCCCAGCCAUCGCCGCCGUCCCCCUCCCUCCGCCUGCGCCCAUCACGCUGUCGUCCUCCCUCUCUGGUCUGUCUCUCAUUCCCUCUGCCUUCGCUCCUCUCUUCUCCACUCACCCCUCGGGCAGACUGCUUAAGAAUGCUGCAGCCCUGUGCUCUUCUAAAGGAGGAGGAAAUAGCAAUAGGCUUUCAGGGGAAAAUUCUCAGACACAGGCCCCGAGUGUGGUGCGCACACGGAGUCCCUCACGCAGACACACAGGCCUCGGUGUGGCAGACACCGUCCCCCAUCACCCACGCUCGCCCCCUGGGUUCUGCAGUCUCCCCGGGAGAACCUGGGCCCCGCACAGUGUGGACCUCCCCCGCCACUCUCCUCCCUGGUUGUCACCCCCCCCCCCAGUGAUGGAGGUGGACCCCUGCCUGGCCGCUAACACCCUCACCCCAUCAGGUGCUCGGGAGGGCCGAGAAAGCCAGAGCCAGGGCCCUCAGGCCCCCCGAGCAGAGCGUUUGGAGACGGGUGCGCGGUGCGGAGAUGCGGCGCACCGCCACUGUGGACGGGUACCCCGCUCUGGGGCCUGGCCAGCUGUGGGGAAGCCGAGCGGGCGGUGGGGCAGGCCACAGGGUCGGGGGCUGGGGGGACCGUGAGUGACAGCGCAGAGCCGAGAAGGAGUUGUCAGAAACGGCCCCCGCUGGGCCCUGACCCCCACCCUCCUUCCCUUCCGCGUCUCCUGGGCCUCCCGAGCCCCUCUGUCCCCCUCAUCCCCCUCCAUCUUUGUUUAAUUUCCAUCACAUGUUGAAUCUCAGGUAAUUGAGGUCUGUAUUUGAGGAGUUUUUAUCUCGACAGAAAGCCCAUCGCUCGGUCUCCCCGGGGCUCCUUCUGUCCACAUAAAAAAUCCAUCACAAGUCUCCACGUGUGGCGGGGUUGGGGGCUUGUCUUGGCAGUGACCCUCGUGACCUUACAUAGCCGUUUAGAGAAGCCAUACAAUUAGACUGCAAUACUAACCACGGACGCUCCUCCGCUCAAGGGGACGAGGGCCCGGCCAGGCCGCUCUGUCCGUGCGGGCUCCCCGAGGGGCGGUGUCCGCGGCGUCGCCGUCAGUCUGAGCCGUGGCGUCCUGCGCCGUCCCUUUCCUCGACUCCUCCCGGUACACGUCUUUUUUUAAAUGCCUGUUUUCAUGUUGAUGACAAGCCAGCUCCAAGCAGACAGGGCGUUUUCUCGAAGACUCCGCAUCCCGUUCCCGUGCAUGGGGCGCCGGGAGCAGCCGAGCUUGACCGUGGAUGUCGCCUUCCCGUCUGUCCCAGGCCCUGCGCCCCUCCUGCAUGCCGGGGGCUCUCCCGUGUGUUCUCUCCGGAUGGAAUCACAGCCAAUAAACACCACAGUGGUUUCACA